CGCAAUGUUUGUAAAUUGUAGACCGCAGGACAGAGCUGUUUGAUCUCAGCGCGCAAAUGUAUUUGACUAAUACUUUUAAUCUGUGCUUGGUCGGACUAAAUUUGAACGGUGUUCUAUUGAAGAAGCAGCGGGAGUAACCUGGGCGGCACCGCAGAGCCAAACGAAUCGAUCAAGGUCGAGAAAUGGUCCAGAGUCAGAUGGACGUCGGUAAAGCGUUAACAGCGGCGGCAGCCAGAGGAGACACCGCAGGGGUGCAGCGGAUCCUGGAGGACAGCAGGGUGCACCCGGACACGCUCAAUGAGUUCGGCAGAACAGCUCUGCAGGUGAUGAUGAUGGGGAGCCCUCAAAUCGCGCGUCUACUCUUAAAGAAAGGGGCAAACCCCAACGUCCAGGAUCGGCAUGGCAUCGCUCCGGUCCAUGACGCAGCCCGCACCGGGUUCCUGGACACACUGCAGGUCAUGGUGGAGUUUGGGGCUUCGGUGAACAUCCCGGACAAGAAUGGCGCCUUGCCCAUUCACAUCGCCAUCUGGGAAGGUCAUCGUGAGGUGGUGGAGUUCUUGGCACCACGCUCUGACCUCAAGCACUGCAACGCCAGCGGGCAGAGCGCCAUCGACGUGGCGCGGGCAUCCAACAUGCCCGACAUGAUUGACUUGCUCAGAUAGUCCGCACCCCCGACCCCUGGUCGAGCUUCACCUCCACCAUUUCUCUUCAGACCUGGUGACUUGAAUUUCUUGCUGUGUAAAGGAUAUUUUGUUGUUAGUGGCUCGACAUGAAUAUGUGAAUCAGGACUUCGGUCUUGGCAGCUUCUUCUCAGUGGGCGACUAAAUACAGUCGACGCCUCUUUUGCACAGUGCGAUUUCGGCACCUUAUUUACACGAUAUUUCCCUGACAUGUGGGAGUGCACAUUUGUAGAUAGUUCACAGCCCCAGUGUUUAGCAUUAAUGAUAUUUUUAUGAGUUAUGAAUGAGUUAUGAACCUGAUGAAUUCAAUGUUUUGAUGUUUUUGCUUUAACAAAACUUGAAAUGGUGCACUCACGUUGCUUUUGCAUAGUUGUUUCUGUGUUAGAAAUGAACUUAGAACUCCAAUUGACUUAUUUAUUGUUAUGUUUAUAUUCCUGUGACGUUGUUGUCAUUAAUACCAGCAGUUAUCGUGAUUUUUUUUUUUUUUUUUUUUUUUUUGAAAUUGUUAUUUAUACGAAAUACUAAAGUGAAGUGGUUCGUUUUACCAUUUGAAGAUGAAAGCACAAAAUAAA